CCGCCAAAAAAACUGAGAGAAGAAGACGAACAGUUUCGCGGGAAUAAUAAACCGUGCAUCUGUUUCAGACUUGAGUGUAGAAUUAAAUAUAAUCUCUAUCAGAAGAAGAUGUCCAGCACCGCGGAGGAACUGACCAAUGGCCACGGCUCAGAGUCUGCGGACGCGCGCGGAGAGCAGCAGCACGUGUCUCUGUUCUGUGACGAGCGCGGGUAUCUGAGUCUGGUCGAGUAUGUCCUGCAGCGCGGCGCGAGCAGAGGAGACCGGACCGGGACCGGAGUCAUCUCUGUGUUCGGGACACAGGCCAGAUACAGCCUCAGAGAUCAGUUUCCUCUGCUGACCACCAAAAGGGUUUUCUGGAAAGGCAUAUUGGAGGAGCUGCUGUGGUUUAUCAAGGGUUCAACCAACGCCAGAGAGCUGUCGGAGAAGGGCGUGAGGAUCUGGGAUGCUAAUGGCUCAAGGGAGUUUCUGGAUAAGAGCGGCUUCACGCAUCGAGAGGAAGGAGAUCUGGGUCCCGUGUAUGGCUUUCAGUGGAGGCACUUUGGAGCUGAAUACAAAGACAUGCACACUGAUUACUCUGGGCAAGGUGUUGACCAGUUACAGAAAGUGAUCGACACCAUCCGGUCGAACCCAGAGGACCGGAGGAUCAUCAUGUGUGCGUGGAACCCUAAAGACCUCCCUCUGAUGGCGCUGCCCCCGUGCCAUGCCUUGUGUCAGUUUUACGUGUCUGACGGUGAGUUAUCGUGUCAGCUGUACCAGCGCUCUGGUGAUAUCGGUCUGGGUGUGCCCUUCAACAUCGCCAGCUACGCCCUGCUCACCUACAUGAUCGCCCACAUCACCGGACUCAAGCCUGGGGAUUUUGUGCAUACAUUAGGUGACGCCCACAUCUACACCAAUCACAUUGAGGCGUUGAAGGAGCAGAUUCGUCGAGAGCCACGUCCAUUCCCCAAACUCAGGAUCAAACGCAAAGUUGAACGAAUUGAUGAUUUCCAGGCAGAGGAUUUUGAGAUCUAUGACUAUAAUCCCCAUCCUGCAAUCAAAAUGCAAAUGGCUGUUUAGAUCAAAAUAAAUCUACAUUUAUUAAUGGGA